UCGUGGCCCGCGCGCGCGCUUCUCUCCCGGCGCGGACACCGGCGCGGGCCAUGGCUUCAGUUUCCUUGUUGUCCGCACUGGCUGUGCGGUUGUUGCGCCCCACGCAUGGCUGCCAUCCCCGCCUACAGCCCUUCCACCUGGCGGCAGUGCGAAAUGAAGCCAUUGUCAUUUCUGGAAGGAAACUGGCCCAGCAGAUCAAGCAAGAAGUACGGCAGGAGGUGGAAGAGUGGGUGGCCUCAGGCAACAAGCGACCACACCUCAGUGUCAUUCUGGUAGGGGAUAAUCCUGCCAGUCACUCCUAUGUUCUCAACAAAACCAGGGCAGCAGCUGAAGUGGGAAUCAACAGUGAGACGAUUGUGAAAGCAGCCUCAGUGUCAGAGGAAGAGCUGUUGAAUUCAAUCAGGAAAUUGAACCAGGAUGAGAAUGUAGAUGGCCUCCUGGUUCAGCUGCCACUCCCAGAGCACAUUGAUGAGAGAAAGAUCUGCAAUGCUGUUUCUCCUGACAAGGAUGUCGAUGGUUUUCAUGUCAUUAACGUGGGGCGAAUGUGCUUGGACCAGUACUCCAUGCUGCCAGCAACCCCGUGGGGCGUGUGGGAGAUACUUAAGCGAACGGGCAUUCCAACCUUAGGGAAGAAUGUGGUGGUAGCUGGCAGGUCAAAAAAUGUCGGAAUGCCGAUUGCAAUGUUGCUGCACACAGAUGGAGCUCAUGAACGGCCUGGGGGUGAUGCCACAGUCACAAUAUCUCACCGAUACACGCCCAAAGAGCAGCUGAAGAAGCACACGAUCCUUGCGGACAUUGUGAUAUCUGCUGCUGGCAUUCCAAAUCUGAUCACAGCCGACAUGAUCAAGGAAGGAGCAGCUGUCAUCGACGUGGGAAUAAACAGAGUUCAAGAUCCUGUCACCGCAAAGCCCAAAUUAGUUGGCGAUGUGGAUUUUGAAGGAGUCAAGAAGAAAGCUGGUUACAUCACUCCUGUCCCCGGUGGUGUCGGUCCCAUGACAGUGGCCAUGCUCAUGAAGAACACUGUCAUUGCUGCGAAGAAAGUGCUAAGGCCAGAGGAGCUGGAGGUGCUGAAGCCCAAACAGCGCGGAGUCGCCACCAACUAGCUGCGUGCUGAGCCGGUGGGAGAGGCAGGGCGGGCGAGAGGAAUGCAGUGUUUUUAAUUUAUUCUGUUGAAAUGGUUUAAAAUGUUUGUAUUUAUUGAAAGCUUGGAUGGGUGGCCGUGUGUGCGCAUGGCUCUGCAGAGCCUCACCAGGAUGCCCAUUCGGUUGUUGUCCUGCCUCUGACCUGGUGAUGCAUGGGAGACGUCCUCACACUGAGAGUGGAUGCUGAACUUCAUAAAAAAAAAAAAAAAAAAAAAGCCUGCCUUUUUAGGCUAUCAUUUCCUAAGUGCUAUUCCAAUACAAGUUGACGACUCAUCUUAGGCCCCAAGCCUUGGAGUUCAACUUUCAAACCAAAGGAAACCUUAGUAGGGAAAAUUAAGGGAAAGGAAGAGGCAGCAGCACUGGGUCUCUGUGGCACACCCUCACUCUCUGUACAGCCAGCAGUGCCCAGGUUGCCCUGAGGAGAGCAUAGCUGGGCCCGGAGACGAAAGCCCAGCAUUACUAGCUGUCCCCCUGUGGCGGGUCAUCAGGGAAGGUUAGAGUCUCCCCACUUGCUGUUGCCCUUCUGUGAGGUCGCCCUAUUUUCCGACGAGCUCAUUUUAUAAAUGAUGUGUGUAUUAUCAUGUUCAGCUUUUGCAGCACAUUUAAAUUUUAAGUUUCA